AACUUCUCCACUCCACCCUUUCAGAAGACAACAAGAAGUUGUACAGUAACUUUUACAGUAUUCAUACUUAAACAUGUUCCACAAGAAGCAGUUUGUCAGCUAUUUUAAUCUGCUCAUUUGUGUAAUUGUAUUAUCAAUAAGUUUUUGGGUAAUCCAAGAAGUCAGUGUCUUGAAAAGCAAACUGAGGAUAAUAAAAAAGGAUCUGCUCCUUCAGUUAGUCCAGCUGCAAUCGUCAAGCACACUCAACGAUGACAUAUUGAUGUCUGACACAUGGGAGGUCUUUCAGCGAAUCAAACGGGAGCUGGCUGGCUGCACACCAGAACAUUCAUUCCUGCAGCUAGCAGCAAAAGGUGAUGAGAAGCCACAGUUAAGAGGAAAUGUGACAGUCAUUCCUUGGACUAUAGCUGCACAGCGUGGACCAGCCCUAGCUACACUCAACAACAAAAUUAUAGUACAAGAAGACAGCUACUUCAUGGUGUAUGGCCAGGUGCUGUUUCUAAACCCGAGUGAAGUCAUGGGCCAUGUGAUCACAAGGAAAACAUCAAGUGUGGCAGGGAAGGAACAAACAAUCACAAGCCUGUUUCACUGUCUGCAGGAAAUGCCAGAAGAUGACCCAGUGAACACCUGUUACACUGCUGGAAUAGCAAGACUGGGCUGUCAAGAUGAGCUGGAGCUUGUUGUUCCAUUCCGACCUGACGCACAGAUUGCCAUGGACACUGAAUCUACCUUCUUUGGAAUAAUACAGCUCUAAGAACUGCUAUCAACAAUGUGCAGAGUAACAAACCAGCCUGAACAAACUAUACACAGGAAGCCUCAAAGAAUGAAUUUGCCAAAAUGCCCGGGUAAAAAAACACACAUUACAGCAGGGAUCAUAGGACUUCACACAGCUAGUCAGCUAUUAUCAUCAGGAAAUAAGGCUGCCAGGGGAUGAUGUUCAUGAGUGACAGCUACAAGCUGGCAGUCUUAGAUAGCCAGACGUAGGAAGAGCUUUUCAGAAAAGGAAGAGCUUUCAAAAAUAAUGUCAGCUUUUACCAUAUACCAAUUCUAAAUAGUUUGUGCAAUUUAACCAUGCUGACAACCAAAGAAUGUGGAAAAACCAUAUGGAGAAAUAGCUUAUGGGUGGUAAUGUGCUACUCGCUUUAUUUGUAGGUGAAAAUAGGGGAGGGUUAUGCUCCUUUUUAGAAAAGUGGUCAUGUACUGAAAGGUUAAACCAUAUCUGUGUAUGAGUUUAGCACAUACAGGAUGAUGAUGCAUAUGCCUACACACAGUUUGGGAAAAUAAACUGGUUUUUAUAGCACAAAAAAAGAAAAUCUUAAAUCUAAAAUCAGGUACCCCGCUACCUGGGAUAAGAACAAUCCCAAGGCCAGCUGAAUCUUAAAUCAAUUUGUCACUUGAGCGUUAUAAAGUGUAUAAUUUAU